GACCCGAUCGACUUGCCAGCCGAAGCACUCGUGCGCCUUCGUGGCCCGUCCGUCUUUGCGGAACAUGGCAUCGAGGUGCCCGGGCACAUCCUCAAGGCCAUCAACGAGCAGCCCGUCCCGCCCUUGUACAUGGAGCAGCUCCGUGCCAAGCUGGAAGAAAAAACUCCUGGACACGUUGAUAAGAAGCCGCGGCUCGACGACGCGCCGGACGAGGCCAGCUCCGAGAGUUCGAGCUCCAGCGACGAAGGGUCGGACGCCUCCGACUCGGAGUCGGAGCAAGUGCCCAAGAUCCGAAUGACGCUUUCGGAUUCCGAAGACGACGACUAG